AUGACUGAUCGUCGGAUUUAUAGAAAGGAUCAAAUUAGUGAGCUGCCAAGAAAUAUCAUAGAAGGUAUCCUUGAGCGGAUGUCCAUAAGAGAUGCAGCAAGAACAAGCAUCUUGUCAACCAAGUGGAGGAGUAUUUGGACUACAAUUUCGCAACUCAAGCUUGGUAAUCAGUUUUUCAAAGACACCCUCAAGGUUAAACCAAUAGUCAAACAUGAACUUGUGAGUGUAGUUGAGAAAAUUCUCUUGCUUCAUGACAGCCCCAUACCGAUGUUUCUUUUCUGCAUUCCAAGAAUACAAUUUGAUUGCAGUGCAGAUAUUGAUCGUUGGAUUCUUUUCCUUUCGAGGAAUGGUAUCAAGGACUUAACUCUUGUUAAUAAUUCAGAUAAUGAACCCUUUUGCAUUCCUAGAUUGACCAUCAAACAUUGCACUGGUAUUGGCAAUCUCAAUAUCCAAGCUCCAAAGCUCAAAAGGCUACGUGUACAACUCAAUAGUGAGAUACAAUCAAUAUGUUUUACGAACACCCAAAAUCUGAGUUACGUCGCUAUCAUAUUUGGUUUAACAAUGGGAAGUCCCAAGAGUGUUAAAACACCCAAUGUGGUUAGGUUUCUUGGUGACUUCCCUAGAAUUGCAGAGCUAAAUUUGGAUGGCUUUUUUAUUAAGAUUUUGGCUGCAGGUGGAUUUCCCCAUAAGCUUCCGACCACAGCUAACCUUUUGAAGUUUAAAGUUUUAUUUAUGUUUAGUGGAAGAGCAAGUCUUUUUCCUAUGGUAUGGUUAAAGAUCCUCAUUGCAAUGGCUUUGGAGGAAUGGAUUAAAAACCCUGCCUUUUCUGUUAAGUGCUUGACAAUGUCCUUAUACAAUUUGUUGCCAUUUGCAUCAAAGAUUUUGGCUGCAGGUGGAGUUCCCCAUAGGCUUCCGACCACAGCUAACCUUUUGAAGACUAAUUGGUUUUGCAUAAUGGUAUUAUCUUCACAGACUUGCAUAAUAAUGGUGAGGAACGAUGAAGAACUGGUUCUAAAUCGUCUGGAAGCGCCAAACUGCAUGGAUCGAAUGCUGGACAAACUUCAAUCUGUGAAGAUAAGUUAUGUCAUGGGUUUGAAGCCUGAACUUCUUUUCAUCAAGCUUCUGUUAGCCCGCUCACCAAUUCUAGAAGCAAUAUUCAUUCAGCACAGUGUAGAAGUUGAUUUCGAAAAAGGGUUCGGUAUCUCAAAAGAGUUGGCACGGUUUCCUCGGGUGUCACCAAAAGCAGCAAUAAUAUACUAG